UGUGGUGUCUGUGUUUUGUAUCUGUGAUGUGUUGCUAUAUGUGUGAUGGCCGAGUAAGAAUUAUAUAUAUUAUACAAAUAGAUAGAUAUAUGUAUGCAUGUUUGUCGUUUUGUGAUGUGUAAUAUCUAUAUAUGUUUGUGUGUGUGUUAUGGCGGGAAGAAAGUUGUAUUCUUUGGUUUGGAGACAUCACAUUGGUUCUUUUCUUCUUUGCCAAACUUUAAUCUUGGCCUAUUUGCCAUUUCUCAGUCCCUCCUCUUUCUUAUUUUCUCUGCAACCCUCUAUUUCUUUCUUUCUUUCAUUCCAUAACUCUUUUCUUCUUUUUUUUCUCUCUCACACUCUCUGCUACUCGCUUUCUCUACCCCGUUCGCUCUCUAGUCCCCCACCCAUCUCUUUCGAAUUUCCCUUCGCCUCUUCAUAUUUACUCUUCUAAUAAUACCACAUCCACCCUCUUUACCAUCUUUCUCCAGCUUCCUUCGUCUUCUUUCCUCGUCCCCACCAACACGCUCAUUCUCUCUCUCAUUCUCUCUUUCUAUCUCCAAAACUCCUACCCCGACUUUACCUAUCGUCUGACACCUCACAAAAGCAGGGGAAAAGGUUUCAAAGACCCUGGCGUCGCUACGUAUCGUCUGGACUCUUAUUUUGUUAUUCUCUUCAUUUAGAUCUGACAUCUUAAUAAGUCUCACCCCCACCCCGCCUCUGUCUUCAGAUUCCUUCCCUGCUACAUUCGACACCCGUUUAACAUACCCCGAACAAAACUCUUGGAUACUCCGAUGGUCGUUUUUUACAUGAACUCUGUAAAAUGAAGCAAUCAUACAGUUUGCACAGGGAACAAAUCCGUCCAUUUAGUCUUUUGGAUUAUGUGCUCUUUGGACUUACGCUUGCUAUAUCUUCUGGAAUUGGUGUCUUCUAUGCAAUAUGGGAUCGAAACAAGAAGAGCACAAACAACUUCUUAUUGGCUGGUGGAAACAUGUCUGUGUUUCCGGUUGCAAUGUCACUUUUGGUGAGCUUUAUGUCGGCCAUAACAUUACUUGGAGCGCCGGCUGAGAUAUACAAUGUAAACACCAUGUAUAUGUGGAUGAGUCUGUCCUAUUUCGUUGCCAUAUUCCUGGCAGCGCACAUCUAUGUACCAUUAUUCUACCGACUGAAGAUUACAAGUAUUUAUGAAUAUCUUGAACUCCGAUUCAGUAAAGGAAUCCGUUUAAUUGGCUCCAUCAUCCAUUGUAUAUUAAUGCUGAUGUAUAUGGCUAUAGUGUUGUAUGGCCCAGCUUUGGCCCUCAAUGCAGUUACAGGUUUCUCUCUCUGGUACUCAGUCCUCAGCGUUGGUCUUGUCUGCACAUUUUACACAUCAUUGGGUGGCAUGAAAGCUGUUCUGUGGACCGACACCUUCCAGUCUGUCCUAAUGAUUUCUGGUUUACUUCUUGUGCUUAUUAUGGGAAGCCAAGAGGUUGGUGGUAUGGGUCAAGCCAUUGCCAUUGCCAGUAAAAACCAGAGGAUUAUUUUCAGUGAUUUCAGUUUCGAUCCACGAGUUCGCCACACAUUUUGGUCGUUUUUGAUUGGUGGAAGUUUAUUGUGGGCAGGUAUUUAUGGAACCAAUCAGGCGCAAGUUCAAAGGUCAUUUGCAUUACCUUCUCUCAGAAAAGCACAAAUAGCGAUCUGGUUGAAUUUCCCGGGGCUUGUACUCAUCCUCAUCCUCUGUGGUUUGAUAGGGAUUGUUAUGUAUGCCUUCUACAGUUCCUGUGACCCCAAAUCAACCAAAUUAAUCAAUGCAUCAGACCAGUUACUUCCCUUGUUUGUGAUGGAUACCCUGGGACACUUCUCUGGGGUUCCUGGGAUGUUCCUGGCUACCAUCUUUAGUGGCACACUCAGUUCCGUUGCAACGGGAAUGAAUUCAAUGUCAGCUGUGAUCUUACAAGACUUUCUUCGGCCAAUUUGUUUGAGAAAUGCUUCUGAGAAAACUGCAACCCGGACAACGAGACUAGUUGCUGUAUUUCUUGGACUCCUCUGCUUGGUGGUCACCUAUGGAGCGUCCCAGCUGGGUGGUAUACUUCAGGCCUCACUGUCACUCUAUGGAACCCUCAGUGCACCAAUCCUUGGUCUUUAUUCUCUUGGAAUGUUGGUACCAUGGGCAAACUAUUGGGGUGCCUAUGCUGGUUUGUUCUGUAGUAUUGGUUUAAUGUCUUGGAUCUCAGUUGGACAAUAUGUCAGUAAGCUGCCCCGUGAACAUUCACCAUUCCAUAUCCAUGGAUGUAAUUGGAAUAGAACUUGGACAAACCAGACUCUACUCCCCUCAGACACACUCACCUUCUCUGAUCUCCAAGGUUACCAAAACAUGACGCUGGUCUUUCAAGAUGUAGAUCGUUCUGGUUUAAAUGGCAUGUACAGCCUCUCUUACCUUUGGUACAACUUCACUGCGUUCCUUGUGGUCUUCAUAAUCGCCAUACCAACCAGUUUUCUUACCGGUCCUUCUGAUCCCAGAAAACUGGACCCUCGUCUCAUAUGUCCCAUCUUUGAUAUACUCUGUCCAUUCCUGCCAAAACAUACUCGGAAAACACUGCACUUUGGGGUCAGGCAUGAAGGGAAAUAUGACAGUGAAACCAACAAGAACAAACUGUUCCAUGCAACACCGAUGUCUUCUCACCAACAGAUGGCAGCACGUGCCUACAGAUAACUGAGGGUUUGAAGUCCUUCGUAAAAACGACAGCACCACCACUACCACUACCAAUACCACCACCACCACCAUUGCAUCAGUACUAACUUUGCUGUCCCCUUCACUCACCUUCUACAUCACUUCCACCUCCAUCCUCAUUAUUAUUAUUAUUAUUAUUAUUAUUAUUAUUAUUAUUAUUGGUGGUGGUGAGCUGGUGGAAUCAUUAGCAUGCUGGGCAAAAUACUUAUCUGCAUUUCGUCUGUCUUUACAUUCUGAGUUCAAAUUCCGUUGAGGUUGACUUUGCCUUAUAUCCUUUUGGGGUCGAUAAAAUAAGUUUCAGUUGCGUACUGGGGUCGAUCUAAUCAACUAGACCCAUCCCCCAACAUUUCAGGCCUUGUGCCUAGAGUAGAAAACAUUAUUAUUAUUAUUAUUAUUAUUAUUAUUUAAGAUGGCAGAAUGGUUAGUAUGCUGGGCAAAAUGCUUAGUGGUAUUUCGUCUGUCUUUACAUUCUGAGUUCAAAUUCUGCUGAAGUUGACUUUGCCUUUCAUCCUUCUAGGGUUGAUAAAAUAAGUACCAGUUGCAUACUGGGUCGAUGUAAUUGAUUUACCCCUUCCCCUAAAAUUGCUGUCCUUGUGCCAGUAUUUGAAACCAUUAUUAUUAAUAUUAUUGUUAUUAUUAUUAUUAUUAUUAUUAUUACAAUUGUUUCUGAUAAUUCAGUCCUCUUCAUGGCCAGGAUUUGGGCAUUUCACCAUCCCUUAUUAUUUUUUUGUCCCCUUAGGAAAGGCAUGGGUAUCACAACAUUACAUCUUCUUAUAUGAUGCUGUGCCUUUAUUGGAAAUCAAUAAUUUUUAUAUGAUGAGAAAAAAAAAACUGAAUAAAGAAAAUAAUUUUUUAAA